AUGAACAAUCAAGAUAUAGUGGUGUAUGAAAACGAAAUGAAAAAUUAUGAAAUGAUGCUGAAUGAGUUUUAUGAUCAAAAUUCAAGUAAUACUGUAAAAUUAUGUUUACAAAAAGAAUUUGAUAAAUUUGGAGAACGAGAUAAAUGUUGGGUGCAGUGUUGUUAUAAUUUGGAGAAUAGUAAAAACCAAUAUUUAUUGAUGUUUAGUUUGAAUAUUAUGGAGAUGAUUAUUAACAAGAAAUGGGAAAAAAUUACUUUCAAAUCUCAAGAAACUUUAAGAGAAGCCAUUUUUAAUCAUAUUGUAAUGAAACAUAAUGAGUAUCCAAAAUUUAUGAUUAGCAAAAUGAUAAAGUUAUUAGUUGAUAUAGCGCGUAACGAUUGGCCUUUGAGAUAUCCUAAUUUUAUUGAACAUAUUGCAAGAUUGCUCUUAAAUCCUGAACAAGUUCUUUUGGGCUUAUCUUUUUUACUUUUAUCAUCUGAAGAAUUUAUAAGUCCUAAAGAAGAUCUUUUAGGAAAGAGGAAACAUGAAUUGAAAGUAAAUUUUUUGAAACAUAUUCCUAAGUUGUUUGAAAUACUUUCAGAAAUAUUAAAAAAUGCCCAUAAAACGUCCAACUCUGAUGAAAUAUAUGAAGCUGUUACAAAAGUAUUUUCUGAUAUGUUUACAUGGCUUCCAUUUGAAAAGCAUUUGACUCCUGAUUUAUUACAAGUGCUUAUGCCUUUGGGUAAAAAAGAGGAUGCUACAGCUAUUAAUACAUUGACUAUAUUUAAUGAAGUUCUAAGUAAAUCAUAUACUCAAACAGAUGAUAAAUACUUUAUUUUGUCCGAGUUAUGUCUAUAUACAUUCCGUUUAAUUGAAAAUAUAAUUUCUGUUCCUGAAAUUGGUUUUGUGAGUGAAGCUUAUUUGACAAUUGUUACUGAAAUUCUUUCUGUAGUUAUUAGAAAAUAUUGGAACUUUCUGGAUAGUCAUUUUAAUAAUGGUGAAUUCUUAGAAUUACUGUUACAGUAUACAUUCCGACAUGUUGUUUUAGAUUGUUAUUAUCAAUGUUUGGAUAUUUGGGGUAGUAUUUUUGAAGCAUUAUCUGAUCGUCCUGAAUGUGUUGAAAAGUAUCGUCGUAUAUUUUUGGAUCUUGUUGAGCGAGUAACACACAAAAUUAAUACGUUUGGCAAUAUAAAUGAUGAAAUAUAUGAUGAUGAUGGACAAACUGAAUGUCAAAUAUUUUUGAACAAAAAUAUUGAAAUCAUAUCUAAUGUAGCAAAUCUUUAUCCAGCAAUUGCUGUUCCUGUGGUUGAUAAUUGGAAAGUCUAUAUAAAUGAUUAUAUUACUAUACUAAAUUCACCUAUGUUAUUGGAAAACUUUAAGGAUUCUAAGUGCAUGUUCUUAGUUCCAUCUACAAGGACUUUAACAAGUCUUAGUGGUUAUUAUGAAGACUCAAUGAAAAUAGCUAUCACAAAAAUGCUCAAUGACAUUGCUAUUCAAGGUGUUGCUACAACUCCACUUUACCAGUUGCCUGUGGCAUUAUCAACCACAAAAACUCUGAUUCAAAUUCAAAGUGAAAUACUUACUGCAUUAUCAAGGUGGAUGCACUUAUUAAACAACAACAAACAGUUUUGUUUAGAACAAAAUCGAGAAAAACUAUUUUCUGUUUUGGUUACAUCAUUACAAGAUACAAGCCAACCUACUCAGAUACAUGAUGCUUGUGGAGUUCUAUUGCCAACUGUUACUGAACCUAUGCUUAUUCAUAUUAGUGAAUACACAUCAUUGCUAGAACAAUUGUUAUCUCCUUUCUUAGAUGGUUCUAUAACACUCAAUCAUUUAAAUAAAAAGACUCGUUUAUCAGUAAGAGUUACAUCUCUUAAGUUUCUUUUGACCUGCCCUAGUCAAGAAGAAGAAAUUAAAGUAUUGGUGCUCAUGAAUUAUUUAAAGUCAUUAGCACCUUCAGGGUUAAAUGAUUUAAAGAUGCUAACUGAUGUUCUUGUCAAUAGUGGACCUUACAAAAUGUCUACUAGAAGAAUAAUUUAUCGCUCAGUAGAACCGUGUUUAAUUGAAGCUGUAACACAUUUGAAAAAUGAUAUGCAAUCAGAAACCUCUCUUAAUCCACAAAUGGAAAUGUGUGAAAGAGUAAUAACAUUUUUAUCAGAAAUGUAUGAAUUGUUACAUGAUACAAUGUCACCUCAAUUUGUUCAAGUACUUAUGCAAACAUUUGUUGAUUUAGACCUGAUGUGGUCUGUUAGUACAAUGUUAACAAUCAAAAUGCUUGAUGUUCUGUCAUUAAUUAUCAAACAUUCCUCUAAAUCAAAUAAAGAAUUUACUUCUGUAGUAAUUAAAUUAGGGUUGGAGAAAUUAAUUCCUUUAGUGGCUUCUAAUUGCUAUCCUCCAACAGUUUCUGCACUUUUUAAUUUGCUUUAUUGUGUUUUAAUGUACAAGUGGCGAUAUUUUUUUCCUGCAUCUCCAUCUUUAACUAUGCACUCAAAUAAUGAAAACAACAUUGAUAAUUCUGAACAGUUUACAACAAUUUUGGAAGUUAUUGGAUACUCAUUUAUGACAAAUGAUAUUAGCAUUUUUUCACAAAACUUAAAAGCUAUUGAAGAACUGAAUACGAAAUGGAAUUUAUAUGCAAAGGAAUAUUUCAAACAUUAUUUUCUUAGCAAGUAUAUGACUGUAUUAUUGAAUGUUAUGGUUAACAAAAGUCAUACUAUACUUUCGGAUGAAAUAUCAAUGGCUAUUUAUAAUAUGGCAAGUGUGGACUUUGACUAUUUUUUUUCAAAAUUUUUACCUGAUUACUUGAAACAAACCGACAAUAUACGUAAUGAUCAGCGACAAUUUUUGAGACAAAAACGCAUGCUACCAGUCAAAGAACUUCCAACAUUUAUGGUUAAUCUUGCCCAACUAACAAAUGACAUAAGAUGUUCAAAACAAAUUUGAAAUAACUUAAAAAAGUAAAAUGACUGAUUUUUAUUUUAUUUUUA